CGUAGAAGCUUCUGUUUAUAAAGAGUAGAGCUGGAGCUGAGAGGGAGGAUGACCACCGCUGGGACUGCAUCACUCUGCUGCUGCUGGACUCUGCUCUGCAUGUGUCUCCACAUGGUUUGUGCUGCUGAAGUCAAAAUAACCAUCAGAGUGGGACAGACUGUCAUUCUGCCGUGUCAAACUCCUAUCAACAAAAGCAAUCCCAUGAUAGUUUUAGAGUGGAGCAGACCUGAGCUCGGGACAGAAUAUGUCCUCUUUUACCGAGACAAGAACUUUGAUUUCGACAACCAGCAUCCAUCUUUUAAGAACCGGGUGGAUCUACAAGACAGACAGAUGAAGGAUGGGGAUGUCUCUCUGAUCCUGAAGGAUGUGAUGAUUAACGACACUGGAACAUACGAGUGUCGUGUCAUCCGGGGAAGAACAAAUCGCAGGAAGAGAUCUAAUUUGGAUGGUGACCCCAUCAGCAUCAUCUACCUGAUUGUCAAUCCUCCAGGUCAGCCGAGAGGAUCUGUUAGACUGAGAAUCUCCCUGAUAGCUUCUUCUGUGCUUGUUGCUGCUGUUGUUGGUUUUCUGAUCUACAGAAAACACGAACAGAGUCAGGAUUCAGAGCGUCCACCUACUGAACUGCAGACUUUCUCAAAUGUCUCAGAGCUUUUUUCAGAUGAAGUCUCCUGCCGCUGAGCAGAGACAGCUAGAUGGCCUGAUUACAACUGGCAUUCAGCAACACUCAACAGAUAUCACUGAUUUCACUUUGACACUUGAGCAAUGAAUUCAUCAGCCUCAGGAAACAACUGGACUGCACCCAGUGAGGAACCAGAAGUCCACCUCAAUUAUGUUGUUGUUUGUU